AUGGGAGACUCCAUCGGCGACCCCAUGGAUACCGCCGAUGACGGCCAUAGCGACCCUCAUUCGCCCUGUUCAGCCUGCAUUACCCCCUCCGCCCUCCUACCGAUCCGAGAUGGUUAUUCAACAAGGCGGAAUGACCGCAUCGACGAUCCCCAUGACGAACCAGACUCGGACGCCGAGUUUGCCUCGAUCAUGGCCUCGUCCAUGAUGACGGGCCUCCUCAACACUACCUCCAACCCUGUUUCGCCUGGCUCCUCCAGCCCGGCUCAUGACCAAGCCAAGGGUUCCGACUUUGUCCCUCCGACCAGACCGAGUAGCACUCCAUUUCCUCAUCCCGACCGUCGACACUCCAAGCCUUGCUGCUUCAUCGGCUCAAGAUAUGGUGACGACGACCAGCCUGCCACUGGCUCUCCUGCCGCCCUCGACAACGAGCCCAUAUUCCUCCCUCGCCCCGUCACCGACUUCAACCAACUACCCAUCGAGGUCCAUGAGGCGAUUCUGGAUCACCUGUUCGGCUAUCGGGUCUCGGCAACCUCACGGAGUUCGAUGGCCGUAUCUAGCAUUACAAAGAGCUGGGGAACUGCGCUGAGGCAUUCGCGGAGAAGGGAACUGACCGAGCUGGCACUUGUUAGCGACAUCUGGCGAAUCCUCGUUCAGCAGCGACUCUAUCGUCAUGUCAAACUAAAGGCGACGGUUGAUUGCCUCGAGGAUGCCAUGCUCCACCUUGCCUUGAACGACCACCUUCAAGCCUAUGUCAAGCACAUCGAGAUUUGGUUCCCCGUCUUUCAGCCUACGUAUGGCCCGGUUGCGCUGUCCAACACCCUGACGCUCCCCACCGUGACGAUGGAAGGCCUGACGAACGCAACUUACACACUGCCUGGUAACAAUUGCACCCUGGAACAGGUAUUCCAGUUUGUUGCUCAGACAUUGCCUCAGGCCAGAGUCUUGACGCUGGAGGGAGGCGAGCGUCGCAAGGCUCCUAGAGUCCUCCACUUCCCAGAGCAGAGGAUUGACCCGGCUAUCCACAAGGAUCUUACUGUUCUUGAAUCAGUGCAGACUCUGGUGACCAGGGGCCAAUGGAACCUCAUGCGUGAUGACCGGGAUUUUGCGACUGUGCUAAAUGCGCUACCAAGUCUGGUCGAGUGGCAGGGCUCGUAUAGUAAGCCAAAGUCCAAGAGCUACAUCACCAUGUCCGAGUUCCUCCCUUACCUGCCUCGCCACAUCACCAACCUCAACCUCUGCCUCGAGAGCGACUACCGUCGCGAGGGAGUCAUGCCAGUCUUUUACUCCAAGGUGGUGCAAAAGACGCAUAUCUGCCUUAGAAUGGCUGAGGCGCUGCCCUCGUUGGAGCAUUUUGCAUACACUGGCCGUGUGUGCCACCACUUCUUCGAGAUGGCGAUGCGAUCGACAGACCCUCGGACGUCGAGACUGAAGUCGAUCGAUCUGACGGUCAAGAACUGCUGCCGGCAUAUGACUAGCUUUCAUGAGUCGGGGUCUGGAAUUCAGGACAUGGGUUUCAUUGAUGCCUUCGAUAAGUUGGUGGUGUCAGCGAUUCGAUCUCUUGAAAAGUUUAAGCAAGUUGUGUUCUUGAGGAUUCGAUUCGUUGAUUUGGACUCUGUCCUACCUCCUCUCAACCCCUUCUUUCUGAUGCGCAACGGGGUCUGUUCCGGUGUCUGGAGCGAUAGGAUCUUGGCUGAAAUGGGCCGUGUUCGCCCAGAGGCCGUUUUCGCUGAGCUGAGCGAAUCAUUCGGCAACAUCGUCUACAACAAGGAUGGCAGAAUGGUGAUAACACCCGAGCCACCAAAGACGAAGAUCACGUCGUUGAAGCUGUCCAACUACCGAUCCCUCGCAACGGGAAUCACCAUCCAAUAA